AUGGUGACGGGAUCGACUCUGGAAGACGACAUCGAGCAGAAAGGCCAACACUAUGGCGGUGGGAUGCCGUUGUCUCUGCCCGCAUUCAUCGUAUGGGACUCUGGGGCUCUGGGCGCGGAGGAGUCGGCAGAGUUGAGUUUCGACGGCAGAACCCACGAAGACCCACACACGCUGCCGUCUUUGGACGGUUUCACUGCACACUCAAAAUUCGCAGCCAUUCAGGUCUGGACGGCUACUUCCGGAACGGACGCCGGUGUUGUCUUGGCAUAUACGUACUUUUUCCCAGAGGCACAGUUCUCUCUCGUCAGCCUCUUCCUCAUAAUCUAUGUUAGACUUCAAGCUCAAUUUUGCCUUGCUAUCAAAGGUGAGGCACCUUUGAAGACACAGCACAGAACAUCUGUACAGGAUGUCGAUAUCCACUUGAAGGAUCAACUCAGCAUCCCCUUGCCCCCUCGAUUCACUUCCAAAUUCCCACGAGACGACGGCGUGAAGCCGAGACACUUGUUGGUGACUAAGAUGCAGGAAACAGGUGAGCGGUGCGGCCCCCAAAGGAAGAGCAACAACCAAGACAAGAUAAAACAAGACAAAGCCGGGCCACGAGUUCUCGAGUCUCCAGUCUCUAUGUACUAUCUACGCAUAGGCGGCUUUGAUGGGCUCGACUACCACCCCUCUGCCCCAACGCAAGUUGCAACUAUCGUCUCGUCGGUGCAGAAAUACUGCAUCCGCUCACUAGCAGAAAUCGACAAGCUCAAUCUCGAACCCACAAUCCAAGCCAACGGACCAACGCACAGUUACAACUUAUCCAGCCUAGUUGACUCGACUCGGACAAACAAAGUGCGAUGUCACUGCACUGUCUCCCGCUCACGGACCUCGUACGGCGGCCGCUGUGAAGCAGAGUCAAAAGUCUUGUUUCUUUUGCUUCCAUUCUCCGCUCCGAUCCACCGACCGAUGUAUCCCCAAGGUAUGCUACCGUAUGACAAGACGAGACAAGAGUUCCGACUGGAGACAACAUGUUACGAUCGCCAGUGGAAGCUAAGCUACCUUUACGCUAGAAGCCCCCCUCAGCUGCAGAUAGAUGUGUCCGACGCUUUGCGCAGCCUCAAUGUCUCAUUCACAGACUCACAGUCGACCACUUCUUGGGUCCCCUCAUCCCCUCUUGGUGCGACGACGGCGGCGAUGGAAAACGGAAACCUUCCUUGGCCAUCCAAUUGUAUCUUGAUUACCAUUGACCCAGUGAUCCAACAACAGCCUAAUCAGUUCAGACGCACAGUCGAACUAGAUCAAGACGACAACGGCUUCCAGUCGUUCAACGGACUCCGAUACUUUGUUCGCCUCAACACCAAAGCGCAAAAUCUAUCAAAGGCUAUGAAGCCAUAUUGGGUCAGCUCAGCGGCGAAAUCUACAUGGGAACCCCUCUUUCCAAAUCAUCCUAUCCCGAGCUACAAGCCGGAAGAAAGUCAACCAAACGCCCAGGAUCGAAAGCUUCCGCAGCCAGCCCAGGCCCCCAAGGCCCCUUGGCUAUCUUCGCAGUCUCCGGAAAUAGCCAGGCUUGGUCGGUCGAUCACAGCGAACCGCGCUGCUUCUCUCAGAUCUUCAGAUAUCGUUCUGACGGCACCGCGGGGCCUACCACUCAUACCUAGCACGCCUACACCACCACCCGAUCACCCGAUACAUCCAAGUCCACACAGAAGAGGUACAGAGGUGUAUGAGGAUACACCCUCGAUUCGGCUCCAGAACCCUGGCCUGGGCUUACGCAUUAGGAGAUGGCAAAGGUGGACUGCAUGUUACCAGUCAUUUAUGACAACGUCCCAUCCUCUUCAAUUGUGGGGUCACCAAAGUCUUCAGCAGCAGCAGCACAAGACAUCCCCAUAUACAGGAAAGCCUAUCCGUUGCGGAUGCGUCUCUCCGUCAUCCACGCAUGGACAAUCGAUGAGGCAGCAGGCUAUACUCCUCGCCGGCUUGUAUAACAAACUCCUCGCUUUUCACCUCAACUUCGCGAAAGCCGCUGAUCAAGCCUACUCCAUACGCUCGUCGUCGGUUGGGUUCACGGUCAGGCUGCUUAACCGGAAAACACGGGAACCUUGCUUUGCCAAGAACGCGCUGUCGGACCUUUCCAGUGUUCCUCGCAUUCUCGCACACUUACUCGGGCCUUUCUCAUUACAUCUCUCACACGCCGGCUUGUGUACCCAAAUCCGCAAUGAAAUUACAAGGGAUGUCUUCUCGAUGACAUUAUUUGUCACCUCUUUCUAUGGGAAAGAGUGCCCCGAAACGCAUCGGUGGUCUACCCAGAGUAAGACCCGCCAAUACGGCUCCGGGCAUCGGGCACAAGGUCAUGUUUUCUCGUUUUACAAAACACUAUCGCCCCCAAUUCUCGAUGCCUGUAUCCGUGUAUGCCGUCUGCCGCCCGCCGAUCUACUAUCUAAGGAUACCAUAUCUCUGCGACGCCAUCUUGCCGAGGCGUAUAGCAAACCACACAGACACACAAACAACGAAAUGCCGGUUCAGCUCAACGAUGGCAAAUUGAAGUACGGUUCCAAACAGAUUGAUAGUAGAUCUAGCCGCCGGGGCUGGAGGCGGGAUGGUAGUGGGAGGGAUUCCAGGGAAACCAAGACAAUUAAUUGCCUUCCGCCCCUCUCUCCUGAUGAACACGUGGGUGGUGAUGAUGAUGACUCUUUGUAUCGCCUCGGCAUCUUCCACCUACUUUGUACUUCUAGGCCAGGGAAACCAUUCCACGCAGAGAGGGGCGCAAAUCUCCCCGAGAACAAGAAAUCUUGUCUUCCCGCCGCCGUUUCUAAUAGACGACAAUGUGGUUCAUGGAGUAGUACCAACGAUUCGACGAACCCCACCGGCAUACAGCUCAUGCGUGCAAAUGUUCCUCGCCCUUUGACCCCCUUCUCCUUGAGAAAACUAAACAAGAAUGACCCGACUACCUCCAGGACAGGGGAUGCAAUCCACGGCCCUGGCCCUGGGCCCUCGGGGUCCCUGUCUCUACGGAUCUUCGCGCCCUUUGAUUCCCGUCCCGAAGUCCCGGCUGCGGAUACAACAAAACGACGGGAUCUUUCUCUCUUCCAAACCAUGUUCUGGGGCUUCAAUCACGGUUACAUCUGUCGCCCAAAAGGUACGAAUCGGCCGUGCAGCAAUGACCACUCGCCCCGGGGGGUCUCCCCGUCCAGUCUUAUACCGGUUCCCUUGGGUGAAUCGACCUCCCUCGUGCCCGAGUUCCUCAAUACCCAAGUCAUCAUCCGCAUCCCACCCACCGACCAUCUCAACUCCCGACGCUGUCAAAUGUACGCCAUGGCGGGCCUUUCUGCUCUGGGAAGGCCUGAGCAGAUGCUGCCAGCGUGCCUGUUAAACGUCCAGGCAACUCAACGGUACGGCAAACUCUAA